AUGUUCGGACUGCCCCCGCCGCUUACGGAGCCGAGUUUGGUCUGGUGGAUGCUUGGCAUCAGUCCCGUGUCUCAGCCCCGCAAACUCGAAACCCGCAAGUCGCAGCCCGCAAAUCCCCGCAUUCGCCAAGGCACGAGCUCGAUGCAAACCAGGCGCGACACCAAGCUGCCAGUGAAACAUGUUCUAGAGUCUUUCGUGUACACACUUCUCCAACAUCUGAAGCCACGACUUUCGGAAUACUGUCCAGCCAGUCCAGAUGACGGUGUAUCGCUGCCAGAUCUGCUCCAAGCCAUUCAAACGGAACGAGCACCUGAGCCGGCACAAGAGAAGCCACUAUGCCGAUCGACCGUUUACAUGCCCGCUCUGUUUACGCUCAUUCACGAGACAGCCGAACUUGCAGAGACUGACCAGAUCUAUAUCGCGCGCCUGAAGGGAUACGCUCCUGAGACACAUUUCAUCCCACGCGAAGCCGCCCCAGCCAACGCGAAGCACCCCCUCGAAAAGACCAUGCGAGCAGCACCGCUCUGA